AUGUCGGAGGGUGAGGACGUGCGAUUCCGUGCUCGUGAGUCUGGUGCUCAUGUACCAGGAACACCUGUGCCGGCCGGCCGCGGUUUGACGGGGCUUGCUCCGUCGACCGCCCCGCCAUCAGCCGGCACGUCUACGACGGCCCGACACGGCGCGAGGGGAAGUGUUAGUACCCUCGCGUCGGAGAUGAAUAUGGACCACGAUAUGGACUUCACACCGGCUCUACCUGAUGAGGACGAACCCGCCGAGACUCCUGUAGCCUCGAAAGACGCGAAGAACCAUCGACGAGGAGACCGUAGCCACUCAACAGACGGCCGAGAAGACCACGGCAGCACAGCUGAAGCUGACUUCCAGAUUCCGCCACGUAAGAAGCAGGCGCGCCACCAGCAGCUCAUACUGGCCCGAGAACUGAAUGUGACCAACAGGUAUGAGCCCCUACAAGGGACGGGGGUGUCACUGGAUGCCGCAAACGACAACUUAGUUGAAAAACAGAGGCAAAGAGACGAAGAACAGCGGCGGCAAAACACGCCCGCAGAUACUGGGAACGACGAUGACAUGGAAGCAGACGCUCAACCACCACCACCUGCAGGACCGAAGCGGAUUCCACCAAUAACUUUGCGAUAUAAGGAGUCCUACAAGAAGCUGCACACGUGGGUCAAGACUAACUGCAAGGCGGCCUUUACAGUGAGACAGACGGGCGGUGAGACGCUGAAGCUGCUCUUAAACACCACUGAGGAUUAUGUCAACGUCGUGGGAAAGCUUGGGGAGGAAGGGAUUCCCAUGUACACGACGCCAGCGGUCCGUCCGCCAACCAUAAAAAUACUGAUCAAGGGAGUACCAACGACUGUGACGCACUCAGAGCUCAAAGAGGAGUUAGAAGAUCUUGGAUAUGUUGCUACACUCACAGAACAUCACAAGAUGCCGGGUACCAAUCAACUGACUGGACACCGAGUUGUGAUAUUACCGGACACGCCAGAACAUCGAGGCAUAUUUCAGCUCACCCGAAUCUAUGACUUAUCGGUGAAAGUUGAGCGACUGAGAAGAUCACGCGGCCAUAUUCAGUGUUAUCGAUGCCAAGGAUUCAACCAUGUCGCCCGCUCUUGCACCAUGCCACCAGUGUGCGUCAAAUGCGGCGCGGGACUUGACAGCAGCGAAUGUACAAGGUCAAGAGAAGAGGCGCCGACGUGCGGGCUCUGUGGCGGGGCUCAUCCCGCUAAUUACAGAACGUGCCCCAAGCACAAGCAGGCAAGUCGCAGAUACAGAGGACUACCACCAAUGAAGAAGCCAUCUACGCGCUGGCAACGACCGCCGCCGCCUCCACCACCGCCGACCGUGGACCCGAGCAGUUGGCCCACGCCGAUGCAGCACCGCGCCAACAGGCUGCGCGCAGAGCUCACGGCAGCGGAAGCUCUGAAACAGGGCCUCCAGCCGCAUACGUCUACGUCAAUUCCGACGUCACAGCGCCUAACUGUGCCGCCAGCCUAUGGAACACAGCCGGCAAAUGCACCCAGACAGCCGUCACCACCACCACCGAGGACGGAACAGCCCGAUAUACAGGAUGUAUAUCAGACCAAUAAUGGACCAUGCCAGCGAGGUAUGGGGCCAAGACGCACAUUCAAAGACUACAAUCACUGCAGAACAAAAUCCUACGACGAGUUUUCCACGUUCACUCACAGUUUCCACAUCGAUUUCUCCAAGACGCGGCGGAUGAAAAAGAGGUACUACGACGACACAAGGACCAAGCAAGAAGAUUCUACGACCGCGCACACGACGCCGACAACCCACUAA